AAGCGUCCGGACUGGACUGGACUGGAAGGGGGGGGAAGCGUCCGGACUGGAAGGGGGGGGGGAAAGCGUCCGGACUGGAAGGGAGGGAAAGCGUCCGGACUGGAAGGGGGUGAAAGCGUCCGGACUGGAAGGGGGGAAAAGCGUCCGGUGAAAGCGUCCGGACUGGAAGGGGGUGAAAGUGUCCGGACUGGAAGGGGGGGGGGGGGGAAAGUGUCCGGACUGGAAGGGGGUGAAAGUGUCCGGACUGGAAGGGGGUGAAAGUGUCCGGACUGGAAGGGGUUAAAUUUACUGCCAGGAAGGUGAACGAGGGCCAGGUCUGAG